AUAACUUCCUUAUAAAAUUCGCACCCCUUACUUUUCAAGGUGUGAAAGGAGUAUAUAUACCGACAUCUGAAGUAUAGAAGGUAUCAUUCAGUUCAACAAAGCUGGAAACAAACACUUGAAAGAUGAUUGCUAAGAUCGUUCUCCUUUUCGCUGCUGUUGCAGCUACUCAAGCUUCUACCCUGCUUGCACCAGGACUUGCUGCUCCUGGACUCUGGAAUGCAGGACUUCUAAACACUGGGCUGCUGGCUCCUGGACUAACUCUCAAAGGCGCUCCACUUCUUUCUGCUGUACCAGCAGCUCUGUCAACCGGGUCUGUUGUUGGUAUCCCAGGAGCGGUCACCACGGAAAAGAGACUCAUCGGAGCACCCGGACUCAUGGCAGGCUCUCGUCUACUCCUCAACAGCGGAAUCAUCGGAGCACCCGGACUCAUGGCAGGCUCUCCUCUACUCCUCAACAGCGGAAUCAUCGGAAAUGGCAUCAUUGGAGCUGCACCCUUGAGACUAGGCAGUGGAAUAAUCUCUCCCAUCGGCCUUCGAAGUGCAGGCAUCCUCGCUGGACCCGGAGUCGUUAAAACCAUUCUUAAAUGAAUACAAAAAAUUAUUUUAAAUGAAAUUUAGUGUAAUAUAUAUUGACGCUUUCAAUAAAAUAUUGUUGCGUGCGUACG